UACACUUUCUAUGCGUUUGAUUCUUCCUCUCGAUUUAUCCUAUGCUUUAUUUUAUUCUUUUUACAUUGUGUUUGCUAUUAUUCUUCGAGCCUAUAAAUCUUCAAUGCCAAUUGCCCAAUAUAUUUUAUUUUAUAAUGUUGAUGAUACGUUCCUGUUUGUACAUAUUGCUAUUACAUUAAUUGUUUAUAUUAGCUUUAUUAAUUAUAUCAAGAAAUGUAGAAACAGGAUUACAAAAAAUAUUUUUGCACAAGAACAGGCUAAAAUACAUUUUAAACAAUUACAAGAAUUUUGGAGAUAA